CUUUUUUUUUCCCUAAAAAACAAAAUAAAAAGAGUCGCGAUUCCUUCUCCUCCGGCCGUCCUUAUAAUCCACCACGCCAACCCAAGCGAUCUCCUUCUCCCUGUUCCAGCCAUUUCUAUCUCUCUUCGCUCUCUCGGUGGACGCUGCACAACGGAAGCGGGAAGAGACUUCAUUAGAGUGCUCGUUUUUGGCGGCGGCGGCGGCGACGACGAAACAAGGUUAUAUUGCCUCUUGAUAAGAUCCUGAGAGCUCGGAGGUUUUUUGCGUGCGUUUAGAGUGAAAUAGGGCCUGAUUUCUGAAGAGAGAUAGUAGUUCAGUGCGUUUUGCAUGAUGGCGGCUACAUUUCUUGCUCACAUAAAGCGGUACUCGCUCCCUUUGAUUUUGUUUGGCCUCGGCUUCUUCUUCCAGCUAGUUGUCCUCCCGAAGUCCUUUCCUCCUACGUACUAUGAUGUUCUUCAUUUGAAGAGGAAUGCAUCCGUUGAGGAAGUUGACCAUGCGUACCACAAUCUGAUGUCAAAGUUGUUUGCAGAAUCAGAUCCUCCAAUCACUAACGAACUCAUUAAGAUUCGUUAUGCAUUUGAACUUUUGACAAAUCCUUUAUGGAAGAGAGAUUAUGACAUUUUGGGCAUUGAUGAACACCCGAAUGAUAUGUUGUUGACAAGUAUGUUGAGUGAUGUGACCAAUAAGCUCACUCCAAUGGAGUUCAUCUCUACUGUUGGGAAAUCAAAGCCUUUGCUCAUACAAAUUUAUUCUUCUGGAAGCCUUCGCUGUGCUGAAUUCAUCCGUGCUUGGAAGAGGAUAGAAAGUUUGUUGGAAGGUGUUGCUGAGACAGGUAUGGUGGAAUUAGGCAAUCUUCAACUGUCUUCUUACCUUGCAGAAACUGCAUUUGCUGAGCAGCCAUACUUUCGGAAUGGUGUACCCUCGCUUGUUGCCUUUCCUUCUAAUUGUACAAAUACUCGUUGCAUUGAAAGGUAUCAUGAUGAAUUCUCAGUUGAUUCAAUUUUAGAUUGGAUGGCAACCAAUAUUCUUGGUCUACCUCGCAUUCUUUACUAUUCAAAGGAGACUCUGGCAAAGUUUAUUGCAACAAGUGGUCGCCAUAAGGUGAAAGUUAUUUGUUUCUCAAAAACUGGAGAGCGUGCUGCUCCAUUCAUACGCCAAGCUGCCAAAGAGCAUUUUUCUGAAGCAUCUUUUGCUUAUGUUUUGUGGAGAGAGGUUGACAUGCCUUUUUGGUGGAACAUGUUUGGAGUGGACUCAGCACCUUCUGUUGUUCUUCUGAAGGACAUCUAUUCAAAGCCUGUCACCUACAGUGGGAGUUUCAAUCACUUGCAGUUAGUGAAGAUGAUGGAUGAUUAUAAGAAAAAUGAUAUCCCGCAAUUGAGGACUGUUAGUUCUAUGGAGCUCGGCUGUGAUGCAAGAGGAUACUCUCGUGCUGGAAAUGAGACUGUAACCUGGUAUUGCCUUAUUCUCAUUGGACGUGCAGGUCAUGCAAUGACUCAGAUGCGUGAGACCUUGCGCAGGGCAAGUGAUGUCCUGAUGGUUGGUGAUGAUUCAGACUAUGCCAGAAAUGUCAAUCUUUCAGUUGCUAGUGUUGCUUCUGCUGCUAUGAAAGAGAAUCGUUUAACUUUUACUUGGCUUGAUGGAGAAGUUCAGCAGAAAUAUUGCCAAUUUCACCUUGCUCCAGAAUACCACACUAAAAGUUGUGGACCAAGUUAUGAAGAUGGUGUUGAUGUGCCUCAAAUAUUGAUUGUUCGUUAUUUAAGAAACUCAACAGAUAAUAAUGCAAAGAACGACAGGUGGAAGCAUUUUCGAAAUCAAUAUUUGGGGGACACCAACGUUGCCUCUCAGCUGAUUGCUAGAUAUCCCGGUCCUGAGGAUGUGGAAGAGUUAACUCAGUGGAUAUCACAAAUUGUUGAGCGUGGUGACACCAGAGAAUUUCCUUAUUUUACGUUCGAAACCCCAGAUCUUGUCCCUGAGGAUAAACAAUCAACGGGAUCACCAGUUGGCCAAUCUUUCAGGAGAGGAAUAAACUACAGGUUCAAAAAACUCCGAAUGUAUAUCAGUGACUUGCCUCGUGAUCCCAGGAUAGGUCCGAUCUUGCUGUUGGCUGCAUGUUUGUUAUUCGGAACCAUUUGGCUGCAGAACAAUCGGACAACGCAAGCUAAUACACCAGACAAUUCUACGAGCAACACGAGUUCCCGACGCCGACCUUGGCCUGCAAGAACUGAUGAUGUGCCUUCAUCGAUGACCGAUGAGGAACCAAAGGAUGCUUAUCAGUUGCUGAAAACAGAUUCCGAUUCAGAGUAGCCUUUUGCACCCCAUUUGAUCUGACUUUAUGAUUACCUCAAUUGAUUGAUGGUAUUUAAAUUAUUGAGUGUUAAACUAUAACUAUAUUUUACGGAACUAAGCUAAUCAAUCAGUCCACUAAUUCAUUGCA